UCCAGCUAGUCGUGAUAUGCCUCCCGGUUUGCCUCCUCUACCGUCUCAGUCAACUUUGCGUUCCAGGCCAAUUCAGACACGCAUGUUUUUGUUUUUUUUUUCACCGACAACAUUUUUUAAAGAAAGAGAUUUUGAAGUUGAACAAUAAGAAAAUUCUGCCAGUGAAUUAGUGAACCAUGAAAAGGCAAAACUGAUCGUUAAAAACAUUUGCAUUUUGUUACUCGUUAAACAAUUACCUCGUAAAACAUAAACUAAAUUGUCGACGUUAUCACCAUGGAUGUUGGCAACUCUUCGUCGUCGAAAAUGGAUAAAUACUGGGUAGAUUCACCCAACCAGUGCCAUUACGACCGGAAUUUAAAUUUUGCUGCCAUCGGAAGUGAAGAUGAAGAGGCAUAUUCAAAUUUCUCCAAAAAGACGAAAUCAGCUCGCGAUCCUCAAUCGCAUCGCAUUAUUGAAAAAAGAAGGCGUGACCGGAUGAACAACUGUUUAGCUGAUUUGUCCCGGCUCUUACCAUCCGCUUACAUGAAAAAGGGGCGUGGCAGGAUCGAAAAAACCGAAAUCAUUGAAAUGACAAUCAAGCACAUGAAACACUUGCAGGUUCACGCCUGCAAAGAAAUGGAAUCGUGCGAUAUAGCCGUCCAGAUGGAACAGCUGCAUAGCAACACGAAAUCGGAUCAAUAUCGAUCCGGAUUUCUUGAAUGCAUCACCGAAACAGUCCAGUUUAUUGGUCACCAUCAGGCCGAUCAUCAUGGACCGUUUUAUCCUGGAGAUGACUUCGGUAGCCGAUUGGUCGCCCAUCUGCACAACCACUAUGAAAAAAUCAGUCGCGGCGAAGGAACGAGUUCAGAAACUGGCGAAUAUUCAAACGGAAUAACCGCUGUGACCUCAGGGACAAGGACAGGUCAUACGAAUGGUGCAGGACCGCCGGUCGCCGACGGAGAAGACUUUGUCAUCAAGUCACCUUCAGUCUGUAGCACUGCACCCCAGGGCGUUCAAGAUCAAUUCAAGACGUCAAACGAUAACACAGCAGAAAGUGAUAAGAUGAAGGAUGAUCGAGUUCAAGGCAUGUUUACCUACAUGAAUAGUGGCAGUACUUCUACCGAAAAUCACCGUCAACAGCAUCAACAACAACAUUCCAACGACAACAGACCGACACGAACAUCUUCCGGAUCUGGCGGUGAUAGCGACGAAUCACGGUCAAACAGAGCUACACGUAAUUCAGAUACGCCAUCGCCCGUCAAUCCAACAACAGAUGGAUCAUCACCUACCGACAUGGACAAUUCUAGUCACAGUGGAGGAUCUAAUCAUUCCUCUUCGAGGUCUGGAACAUCUUCCUCCCAAUUGCGUCAAAUGUUGCUAUCCAACAGCGAAUCGAGCCGAACAAAAAGUUGUUCGUCAUCCAGCCAAUGCAGCAGUAGAAGCAACACCACUCAACAUAGCAGUACGGACGAUUCCAACAGUGUGUACAAGAAAUUCAAGACAAACAUUCAUCAGAGGUUUACCGCCGAUCUGGAGCACGUCUUCCCACAAUCCAGCUGCGUGAUGACACCUUCUUCCGGCUCUUCCUCGAGUAACAGUCUUCCUGAACAACAGACGCAACAACCUAGCCAUCAUUCGUUAAUCGAACGAAACUUUGAACAAUUUCACGGCCUCAAAAGGAAAAAGUCGGACGGAGAUAUUCAUAGGCACGCUAAUUCAAGGUAUGGUUGGAAUGGCGACAUACCUCCUCCACCUCCACCAUCAUCUCCGACGACAAGAGGCCAAAGACUUCAUUCUGGAGAAAUAGACGAUCCCUAUACCAUCGAUCACACAGCAAUGCAACAAGAGCAACAGCAAUCAGCGAAUUUGCAAAUAAUCCAACCAGCUGAAAACGUCCCUAUUUUUGCACUGCAUCCAAAAGGUGCAUUUUACGUUCCCAUGAGUGUCGAGCUAUCACUUGUGAGGGCUCUUUUUAAUCCACCGUCGUCAUCCAACAACGCCCAACCUUUGCUUCAUCCAGUUACCAUCAGCGUAAAUUUUGGUCAUCCGUCAAGGGUCUUGACUGCUGCUACUGUAGCCGACACAGUGUUAUCUGUACAACAGCAUUCUUCAGUUAUCCAGUCACCUGCUAAAAUAACAAAACCAGAAUCAACCCUUUUACCCGGAUUAGUUCCAGUGCCACAAAUCGUCCAUCACCAAAGGCACCCAAAUCCACAUCACCAACAAUUUGACAUGGAUCCAUUUGGCACCAAUUUUAGUCCAUUACCUCUAGGAGAUGACAGUAGUUUACGUGUCAGUAGUCGAGAACAUGGCAGUCGUUCGUCAUUGCCGAGGCACCAUGACGAGCAGCCUAAAAUGUUCCGUCCACCACAGCGAGAAGAAAGCAGUGGAUACGCCCACGGAUCCGAAAGCCGUACAACCAGAGAGUACCCUAUCAUCAGGUCGUCACGCGAACACGGUAGCCGAUCUCCAGCCGUGAUCACGGCAAAUCACGGGACGGCGACUCAUUCCUCCCGAUGGUCCCAUCUAAUGGCCAAACGCACUCACACCCCGUGAGACACUUUCAUAACUAGCUUAUUGUUAAAUACCCCAACUGCUGUACUACAGUUUUCAAGAUGACAAAAUUGCGACCCAUUAAAAUAAAUCAGAUGCACUAACAAUUAUACAUGCAACUAAAGGGAAAAUUUUUUAAAUAAAGACAAAUACUUAUAUACGUAUAUGUAUAAAUAUAUAUAAUAAUAUAUCAACUGGCUUCUUCGUGCAUCUCCAAAUUGUUUUUGUUGUCCCUAUAAUUGUUUGAAAUUCUGAAUACGCAAUCCUCAUGUUAUUUUCUCAAAAAACAAACAAAAAAAAAAAAAAACACUCGCCAUUUCGCAGCCAUGUUUUUCAUCCAUCGCAAUAAUUCACUUAUUUUGCUGUGGAAAUGAAUUUCGAAACGUUUGCGCCACGAUGUGAUCAAAUGUCAGUCAAACCACUGAAAUACAUUUUAUCGGUCCAUA